UCAGCGAAUGCAAUUUUAGGGAAAAAAUUAAUGAAAUAUUCAGUUUAGAGUUCGCAAUACAAAUGUAACGUUUAUACUCAAUAGUUUCAUAGAUCCAGGAUAUCCAGAGGGUAAAUAUGGCAAACGCGCCUUUAUCCUGCUGUCAACCCCCUCGAAUCCUUAAUGGCGCAAAGGUGGUGUGUGAAAAAUUCGCGUUUACCCAACCCGUUUUUCCUGCUCUACAAUUUCUUGUUUUCCCACCUUUCCAUAAUUUAACCUCAAUCAUGGCCUGGGGAUACUGGAGUGCCACCUCAGUGGCCAAAGGGGGACGCAGUCCCCGCCGCAACAAAGACAACCAAGACGGCCACAUCUCGCAACGCUACCAGCAGCACCAGAGCCAACCUCAGCCGCCUCAACCUCAGCCUCAAACGGUGGAAACCGUGGAGGCUCUGCCUACAGCUCAAUCGUCGCAAGAGACUUACAGCACGCUCGUGGCCAAUACCCCGAUGGCUCGGGAGGAGGCCGAGAUUGAGUUUGAGGUGGAACAUCAUCAUCAUCAGUUGUCCAGGAGACCCAGUUUGGAUAUCAACUUGAUGGCCGGAGGGGCGGAAAGUGCCUUCGGGGGCGGCGCGUUAUGCGAAACGCAUGGCGGCACCAGACAUCAACACCAAGGGGGUACGUUAUCGGCGGGCAACACUCUCACUAGGAUAGGAAGUAGGCAUACCGCGGUAGAAUACGCUGUUCCCCAUCAUUUCCAUCAUCACCAUCAUGCCUAUAUCGAGUAUGCGCAAGAUCAUUUGUCUCUGUCAGACGACGAUAGUAGUUCGGAGCCUGGAUACGAUUGUAUUCGGACCGUGUUUCCGAACUCAUCGUCGCAAGGAGUCGGUACUGGCCCAGCAGAUGACAGAAGUAUAUAUAGAAGAGGUGCUCGCCGAUGGCGAAAGCUCUACAGGAUCAACGGACACAUUUUCCAGGCCAAACGAUUUAAUCGACGUGCAUUUUGCGCUUAUUGUCACGACCGUAUCUGGGGCCUGGGCCGUCAAGGCUUCAAAUGCAUCCACUGCAAACUCCUAGUGCAUAAAAAAUGCCACAAGGCUGUGAACAUUAGUUGUACGAACGAACACACUUUAGACCACCAUAACAUAGUAAGCAGCGAGGAUCGUAAUGGCGACUCCUUCAGCAUCAUCGUGGAUACCCCACCCGCAAGCAGCUGCGAAUUCUCCGAUUGUAUCGAAGAAUACAUUAAAGUAUCUUCAGAUAUUCCCGCCGAUAUGGUGCAAACGAAAGAACCAAAUCAGAUGAUUGACGACCUACAGACGAGCGAACAGCGCAAGUAUUCGCUCAAUGAUUUCGAUUUGAUUCGUGUUAUCGGUAGGGGCUCUUAUGCCAAAGUGCUCAUGGUUGAAUUGAAGAAAACCAAAAGACUGUAUGCUAUGAAGGUAAUUAAGAAAGCUCUGGUAACAGACGACGAGGACAUCGACUGGGUCCAAACCGAGAAGCACGUAUUCGAAAUCGCCUCGAAUCAUCCCUUCUUGGUCGGUCUACACUCGUGCUUCCAAACCCCUUCCCGUUUAUUUUUCGUGAUAGAAUUCGUACGGGGUGGGGACCUCAUGUUCCACAUGCAAAGGCAACGAAAACUCCCCGAGGACCACGCGAAAUUUUACGCGGCGGAAAUCUCUUUGGCCUUAAACUUUUUGCACGGCAAAGGAAUUAUUUAUCGGGACUUGAAGUUGGAUAACGUGCUCCUGGACUACGAGGGGCACAUCAAAUUAACCGAUUACGGCAUGUGUAAGGAGGGAAUCCGGCAUGGCGAUACCACCUCCACCUUUUGCGGCACACCCAAUUAUAUUGCGCCGGAGAUACUACGCGGAGAGGAUUAUGGAUUUUCAGUGGAUUGGUGGGCAUUAGGUGUUUUACUUUAUGAAAUGUUAGCCGGUAGGUCACCGUUUGAUAUAGCCGGGGCGUCAGAUAAUCCCGACCAGAAUACGGAAGACUACUUGUUCCAAGUGAUUUUGCAAAAGACUAUUCGGAUCCCAAGGUCCUUAAGUGUUAAAGCGGCGAAUGUGUUGAAGGGUUUCUUGAACAAAAACCCUGCGGAGAGACUCGGGUGUCGCAGCAACGAUUCGUUUGCGGAAAUCACCAGUCACCAGUUCUUUAGGAGUAUCGAAUGGGACUUGUUAGAGCAAAAGCAAAUUUCUCCACCUUACAAGCCCCGUUUGGACUCGGAUAGGGAUUUGGCCAAUUUUCCACCCGAAUUUACGGACGAACCCGUUCAUCUCACACCUGAUGAUCCGCGCGUAAUAGAAAAAAUCGACCAAUCGGAAUUCGAGGGUUUCGAAUACGUCAAUCCGCUGCUGAUGUCCCUGGAGGACUGUGUGUGACAUAACGUUAAUUGCGCGUUGCACCCGAACAAUUUGCCGCCGCCGCCGAUCCAUCGGUACCCGCCGCCGAUGUUGCCGCCCCCGCCGCCUCCCGAUUUGAUGUCCAGGUACCGUCAGGAGCGGGAGGAGGAGGAGGAGGAGGAGGAGCUGGACGACGACGAGGGCGACGGCGACUAUUUGCAAGUCGACAUCCCUCGGCCAAAGUCGGUGCUUCAGAACAUAUUUUGCCUUCCUUUAAACUAAGGGUUGUAUUUUUAAGGAAAAUUAUUAUAAUUAAGUGCAGGAGGAAAAGGGUGGUGUUUUUCCCCUUCGAACCACUUAAAUUGUACAUUGUAUUCUAAAGUUGUUGCCUAAUAAAAUAAAUUCUUUAAUAUUAUGUUAAAUACGCGAUUAGAACUAUUUCAAAAGAACAUCGUAGUCUUAAGGUUCAUUUGCGGAAUAUUGUUAAGUAGGUAAGUGACUGCUGAUAACUCAAAUUUAUUGAUUUGUUUUUCGAUUUUUCUUUAUACAAAAUGGUCGUUUAUUUUGAGGCAGGUGAGCAUAAAAAAACUAUUAGCUUAAAUGGAAUAUGCAAUAUUUUAUUACAUAUGUGAAUUCUCCGUGAAAUUUUAUGAAAUUCCAAUUAUUGUUUUUGGGAUAUACAGUAUGGCCCAAAUUGGGUGUACAUGUAUGGGUAUCUUGGAAACUAUAAGAGAUAGAAAAUUGGUUAAAUGGGGAAAGUUGUAGGGCAGUGUUUAGUGCCGCUUUUAGAACAAUUUUAUUUGAAAUAUUUGGAAAAAAUCAAAAAGUUGCAUUUUUAAAAGAGCUGUAUUUUUUUUCAGCGUAUUUUUAAAAUCUGUAAAAACAUUAUUAAAUUCCGAAUUUGGGGAUAUGCUAAAAAUGCUAUAUUAUAAGAUAUUCCGACAGGGUUCGGAGCCGAAACGUCGAAAACAAAAACUGAAUUCAUGUAUGCGUUGUCCUUAAAAAGUUAUCCUAAUAAUGUUUAUACAGAUUUAAAAAAUAUGAUGAAAUAAAAAAAAUACAGGUCUUUUUUUUCAAAAAUGGAACUUUUUGAUUUUUUUCAGAUAUUUCAAAAUCGAAAAAAGAUAAAGUCGUUCUAAAAGCGGCACUAAACUAGUAACUAAAUGCCCUACAACUUUCCCCAUUUAACCAAUUUUCUAUCUCUUAUAGUUUCCAAGAUACCCAUACAUAGUCCAGGACGAUUAGACUUUCUCUGCUGAAAAAAUCCCAUCUGGCUGAAUUAUAAGUCUUAUGCAUUUUUUUCGUAGAGGUUAUUUUUUUAUAGAAAUUUUACUUUCAAUGUUGGACAUUGAAAAAAUUGUAAAAUAUUUUACUUUUUUCCACCUCACCAUAGAGGUAAAGUACCAGACGCGUUUUUUUUUCAUGUGGUGUCCCCAAUAAGGCCUAUUCCACGAAGCUACAAUGAAAAUAUGAAGUAAAUAGGAUUUUUUUGAUUUAGUCAUCAGUGUGACAUGAUGCGGCAUCUUCCAGGUCUUCCCCAACUUCGAGUGUUGAGGACAAAAAAAUUCAUUGGAUCUAAACUUUUAUCAAAUUCGAUGUUUUUGGACUCUUCAUUGUCCGAUUUUAUGUUUAAACAGGAUUGUCCAUGGCAGUAGCCGCAAGUCGGAGAGCAGUGUACUCCAAGUUUCCUACAUCCGCAAUUAGCUCCACAACCUUUCGUACAAUUACAAUUAAUCAGGAGCAGGUGGCAAUAAUGUUUGUAUUAGCCGUAAAUAAUAAUUAUCAACCAUGGUCCAUUCCCAAUCCAAUGGAUUCAAAUUCUUACCAAGCCAUUUAUAGACUUGGUAAUAAACACGAUAUAAAUGUGAUUGAGCUGCACUCGAUGUCGGUGGUAGCAUUGAAAGUUUAACAGCUUUAUCGUAUCUUGUCAAUUUCGCGAAGCAAUUAUAUCGAUGAUGGUCAAGAGAUUCUUCGCGCGGUGGAGCACCAUAUAUCGCUAAUAACGCUUUGAUACCGCUUGUGAAAAUAUUAUCUGGGGAGCAUUGUUCCUCAUUAAAUAUUUUAGCUGCAUCUCUGAUGUCACUUCUCUUCUCAAAAAUUUUAAUGGCUUUUGCCUUGCCUUUAUUGAAAAGAGCAGAUGUCGUGUCACAUCCAGUCAAAGCGUGCAAAAAUAAAAUGAGUGGUUUAAUAGCAAUAUGAGUAUCGAAACUUUUCGAAGAAUAUAUAACUGUAUCAAUGUGUGAUUUUCCAGGUUUCAUAAAGUAAAUAUCUUUAUUCUCAGGCACGAGAGCUGUCAAUAAAACCAAUAAAUCUACAUCAUUUCCAACAAUUAUACUCCGAUUUUCAUUCGUCAACUCAAUUGCAGUAUUGAUAAUGAGAACAUCAGCAUCAUCCUCUGCUUGCACGACGUUUAUAUGAUUUAGUUUCAAUUUUUCUGAUAACAUUGUAAUAAAUCGCUGUUUAUUAUUGACAUUGGAGAGAAAUUUCUCUUGAGUUGUUGUCAGAGUCAUUGAUGGAUCAAACAUGAUUUCUGUGGUUGUACCGGUUUUUGCUAAUCGUCGUUGCUGUUCCAUUGCUUUUGUGUUGUUACAUUGAUUGUUAUAACCGUCGAAAACAACGGUAACGUUCAAACCAAAGUGGUUUCGUAAAUAAUGAACAUAACAAUCAAAAAUAGCAUCAUAUGUAACAUCUCGAUUCCACACGACUCGAUGCAAAAGAAAUCCGCCAUCAAUAAUAUAUGUGUCUUGAAGAGGAGUUAAUUCUAGGGACACUGGUUGAAAAGAAUCAUAUAAAGCUGAUUUCUUGGUCUUGCGCAUUCCCAUUUCAUCAAAAAGAGCCAAUGGAUAUGGCGCUAACUCAUAUUGGAGAAAUUCUUGUAGUUGAUCUUCAAAUUUGUUUGUUACACUUAUACGUUGAAAUAGCAACAGUGGAUCUAUAGCGAUUUUCGUAUCGUGAACUUUAAUAGAAGAAGUAACACUUAAUAAUGGAAGGACCCUGUGCAUACGUUUAAGCUUUAUAUCUGAGAAUUUUUGACCCAUUACUGUCUUCAUGGAAGCUACACCGAUUUCAUAAGCAUUAUGACAAUUUAUUUUAUCGUCACCAAUAAUUCCACUCGAAAUGGACAUAAUGUGAUUGAUUUCUGGGAAUGGAUCAUGAGAAGAAAACCAAUCCAAUACUUUUUUGACGUCGUCAUUGUCACGGUCUACUCGAGCGUCUCGUGCAUCUACAUGUUGGUCUGCUGUAUCUAAACGGACGUUACAUAAUUUCUCUAUAUCCUCGCUGAUAGUAUUCAUAGCAUGCAUACCAUACACCCAUUUUGCCAAAACACUUUCUUGUGUACUUCUCCCACGUGCAACGCCACCCUCUGUUUUCAUGGAUUUCAUCAAUGAUUGUUCGAUGAUCAUGUCGCUCCAAGUUCCACAAUAUGAUUUAUUAGAUCGUCGAAUAGUGAAAAAUCCCUCUGUAAACUUUUUAAAUGCAUUUUCUUCCAUAGUCAGAUGUAACUUAGACAUAUCCUGAAGGUAUAAAUGUGCUGAUUUUGCAUAGAGGAAAUGUCCUGACGCAUGAAAAUAAGGGAGCAUAUUUUUUAUAGAAUUUAAGUGUGCAUUCCAAUCUCCCAUUCGCUCAGCCCUAAUGAACUCUUUUGCAAUUGAUACCAUUCGGAAAUAUUGAACCCAUAAUCGCGCCGUAGGACCUCUAUUCUCACAUUCAAAUAAUUUUUCAUUAAAUUUGUCCACCAAUAGAUCAACCAUAUCGGAAUUUUCAAUUUCAUCAAAUGAUAAGAUACGCAUCAUUACUUGUUCAACAGUACCAUCAACAACAUUUUCAUCGAUAUUAAUAUUUUUUCCGAUUAUUGUCGCCAAAGCCAGAUGGAGAAGUGUAUGAGCUCUGAUAGCUCUCGCAUAAGCAUGACCAUCCAACAUUUUUUCAACAGAGUUUGUAGCAUAAAUGACACUCAAAACAUCUUUGAGACCACUCCCAGCCAUGAUAUAACCAAUUAAUCCGAGGAACGACAUAAGUAAAUGAAAUCCGCCUAGUCUUACGAUUACUUUCGACAAUUCUGUUGAGUCUGGUGAUGCUGCUACAAUUUCGCGAGCUUUUAUAUACAAUGGUUGAUCAAACGUUACGAUACAUGUCUUAUGACCAUACCGAUGUCCAUUAUUUAAUGCACAUUUUAAAGUGGUAUAGAUGGUAUUGUAAUUACUAGCAGGCUGAUGAAUGAACGGUAGAAAUAAAACACGAGAUGUUGAAAAAUUGAGGUCGUCAGUCAACAGUAACUCCAUAAAAUUAUUCCAACCUGGAACCUUUGAUAUAGAACGCCACUUCCCAUACAUCCAUAACAAAUCAACUUUUCGGAUAAAUGACAGGGGUCUUGAAUCAUUAUAAUCGAGAUUUUCCAUGGUAAUUUUGCUCAACCCAGUGUUACCAUAAUGUUCAUAAACUUCAAUUGGAACUUCAGCAAUUUUUGCGAUUUCAGUAGCCGCUGGGAUGGUCAUCAAUCUUGCAAUUGGAUCCUCUGCGAUGACUGAACUUAGUGGUGUAAUCAUUUGUAUUACUCCCAUUAUGUGAAUGGUAUUAUGACCAUCGAUUGUAUAAACAUUAAUAUCAGCAUUAUCAGCAGCGAAUUGUAUAAAUGUUCCAGUUUCAGGUGGUAAUAUGAACGGUUGAGGAUGGUGAAUAGCAGCAACUUCAUAGAGAAGUGUAUCUUUAUGUGAUGAUGAUAAUCCCAAGCUUGAUAAUAUGUCAAGAAUGCGCCUAGACCCAAAUCUUCUAUGUAGAAAAACUGAUAAGCCAAUUUGUAAACGCGAUAUGAAGGAUCGUGGUCGCACUGCUGACAUAAUGCAAUGACUCAAAGCAGUACACUUUAAUUUCAGUGGCUCCAGCUUUCCUUUUUUAUUUUUCAUGAUAAUUUGUUCCAAUAAAUAUUGCAAACUUUCAGGAAUAUCUUCAUUAAUAUUGUCGAAUAUUCUAUUUGUAGGAGGAUAGUAAUCGCUAUUAAUAGGUGUGGAUUGAAUAUCUUCGCGAAUGAUUGCUGCAGCGGCCUCUAAAAUUCUGAAUCGUUCUUCUUUUUCAUCGUAUUUUCGAUUUUCAUACCAGGUUUUGUUCAAGAUAUCAUGACGAACAUCGGAGAAGCAAAUCAUAGUCGAACUUCGACUCUUCGUGGUAAUGCCGAUUUUUUUACCGUACUUUUCAACGAGUUUUGAUUUCACGGUAACAAAAUCUGUACAUACCUUUUUCAAUUCAGAUAACGUGAGUCAUCAUUAUUUUCGAUGUAAUGAAAAAUUUCUUCCAUUGCUGAAGAGAUCCUCAUAUCUUGGGGUCUCCCAUGCUUUUGGAAUGAUAAAGGUCGCGCGAAAGAGACGUAGCACUCACUAUGAUAUUUCGCAUUUACUGCUACUAAAUCUUCUUUAUAAAUAAUACGAUUCUCAACUAGCCUACCAAGAGAAUCAUUACGCUUUUCAGCUGUCGGUGUGGAGACCUGCUUGAUUUUUCGCCGACGACUCAUAGGAACUCGUCUUUCAUGUUCUUCAGAACACUCCUUGUCGAACUGUCGAGGAGGGCUAGCAGUCGAGGUACUGGGGACAGCAUCUCGCUCCCUUUUAGCCGCAGUAAUACUACUUGCACGAGUAUAUUCCUUGCGACACAUCACGUGUACUUUUAUCGAAUCGACACUCCGCCGCAAAAAUGCAAUUUUUCCAUCAUUUCGCUCGAUACUGGCGUCACGUAAGGUUUUAAUACCGCGCUCGACACAAACAGUCUGACAGCGAUUUGUUGCAAAUUAUGCAAUUUUCGGCCAUUUCUCGAUAAGUAGGUGAAUAAUAUCACGAAAAAACUGUGAGAAAUUAUUCUACAUGUCUGUUUACAACUGAGAAUAACAGAAUACUGGCCUGAAGACUAGUCAAAUGACGUCAAUGUCCCACAGCCAGUGACGCACAUACGACCAUAGAAAAAAAGGGCCAGCUGUGCUCUAGGUCACAAGGGGGAAUACCUAUAGAGCCCCUACCAUAAAUAUUCAACGAGAAAACGAUUUCAAAACACGUUUUGACUCGAAUUUUAUGAUUUUUGAUAGUUACAACACUUUGACCGCAAUUUUCUGCAAAUUGAAGGUCUCUACGAAAAAAAUGCAUAGAGCCUUUUUUGUGGAGAAUUUCAUACUGAACAAAAAAGGUAAUAGCUCAUUUUAUCGUAGGAUUGAUAGUUUCGAUGAUAUUUGUAAAAAAGUGUUUUUUUGUGGCCUUUGACCCCCCAUAAAAAAAAGCUCUUUGCACUUUGAUUCAUGGGGACUUUUAAGGGAUGAUUUGUAAUGUCAAAAAGAAGCUCUGGUAAAAAAUUCAGCCAGAUGGGAUUUUUUCAGCAGAUUGACCUUCUUUUCGUCUAAUAGUCCUGGACUAUACAUGUACACCCAAUUUGGGCCACACUAAAUACACAAUUGAAAAUUCACUUUUUUUACUUUUGAAGGUUAAGACUACCUAACAUGGGUUUCACUUUUUGACAUUUGUGAAAUGAUACAUAUUUGACAUUUGUCAAAUGACAAUCACAUGUUACAUUUGGACACAACUGCCUAUACGUGUGAUCCAAACUGCAUCGUGUGACCCGUUAAAAAAAAUUAAAGAUAUUACGAAGUAACAAUUAAACAGGUAAAUGAAAUAAAUAGAUAAAAAACGCUGAAGCAACAUAGACGCCGCUUGUUAGGGUUUUGGUAGUCGUAUCCAGUUAUAAGAGUCUAUUUAGGGUUAUAAAGUCAAUUUUCCAAAUUAAUUUUUUUUUCAAAUUUCAUAAGAUUUUACGUAAAACCAAAAAAAAAAAAUCCUUUUACUCACCUGUACUUUAAUAUAACAUUGAAUAACUAAGACGAGAGAUUGCAAAAAGACUUUAUUUAGUUAACCGAGACUAGUAGAAACCAGGUGCUUGUACUGUAAAAUUCCAAGCUUUAUUAUUAACCACAUUAUUGAAAUAAGGAAUAAAAACAAUUUUCAGCACAUAUUGAGCACAAAAUAAUUGACAAGGAUGUUAAAUUAUAACUAAUAACAAUUUAGUUAAUGGUAGACUAGUGAUAACUAAGAAGCCCACACGGUGGUUGACAAGUAUUAUUAUCAUUAAAUAAAUGUACAAAAUAUUAUGGUUUA